GCCCUAGCGACCGCCGGAGCGCCGGCCCGCUCUCCCGGAGCUCCGGAGGCGGAUAGACGGGGCAGCUGCGGGCUCCGGCGCCCGAGGCCGAGCUGGGGCCGGGGCGGGGCCGGCGGCGGCGGCGGCGGCGGCGGCGCCGGGCUGGGAUGGGGUCGCAGACGCUGCAGAUCCUCCGGCAGGGGGUGUGGGCCGCGCUCAGCGGGGGCUGGUACUACGACCCGCACCAGGCCACCUUCGUGAACGCGCUGCACCUCUACCUGUGGCUCUUUCUGCUCGGCCUGCCCUUCACCCUCUACAUGGCCCUUCCUUCUUCCAUGAUUAUAGUAGCAGUUUAUUGUCCUGUGAUAGCUGCUGUUUUCAUUGUUCUGAAGAUGGUCAACUAUCGACUCCACAGAGCACUUGAUGUUGGAGAAAUUGUAGAUAGGAACGCAAAUGAGUUCACAGAUCAGCGAGCCAAAGCAGAACAAGGCAACUCUUCAACUAGGAGAAAAGACAGCAAUGGACCAAGUGAUCCUGGUGGAGGGAUCGAAAUGUCUGAGUUCAUUCGAGAGGCAACACCCCCAGUUGGUUGCAGUUCAAGAAAUUCUUACGCUGGCCUGGAUCCAAGCAACCAGAUUGGAUCUGGUUCAUCUCGUCUUGGAACAGCAGCAACUAUUAAAGGAGAUACAGACACUGCUAAGACUUCUGACGAUAUCAGUUUAAGUCUGGGCCAGAGCUCUAGUCUUUGUAAGGAAGGAAGUGAAGAACAAGAUUUGGCAACUGAUCGCAAGCUCUUCCGUCUGGUCUCCAAUGAUUCCUUCAUCUCCAUUCAGCCUUCCUUAUCCUCUUGUGGACAGGACUUACCAAGGGACUUCAGUGACAAAGUGAGCCUGCCAGGUCAUAGCCACCACCACCACGUCGAGCAGUCUCUGUCCAGUGCCUGUGACACAGAAGUAGCUUCUCUCGUCCCCUUACAUUCACACUCUUACAGGAAAGAUCACCGGCCGAGAGGCGUACCACGGACUUCUAGCUCUGCUGUGGCUUUUCCAGACACUUCAUUGAAUGACUUCCCUCUCUAUCAGCAAAGACGUGGUUUAGAUCCAGUUAGUGAGUUAGAAUCUUCCAAGCCUCAUUCUGGAUCCAAAGAAUCCUUGGUGGAAAAUUCUUGUUUAUCUGGGGAGUUUCAGCUUAUUGGUGAGCUGAAAAACAGUAAUUCUCAACCACCUACAAAAAGUGGAAAGAGCAAAGCUUUGAAAGCAGACAAAAGCAUGGACAGCUUGAGGAGCCUGAGCACGCGGAGUAGUGGGUCAACAGAGAGCUACUGCAGUGGAACGGACCGUGACACUAACAGUACUGUCAGCAGCUAUAAAAGUGAACAGACCAGCUCAACUCACAUAGAGAGCAUCUUGUCAGAGCAUGAGGAGUCUCCUAAAGUAGGGAAGAAAAGUGGUAGGAAAAAAGAGUGCUGUGCUGACGCAGACGACAAGAGUAGCUGUGCCAGUGACAAAAGGACUAGUAGUGAAAAGACUGUUUUGGAAGUGUGUACAAAUAGUGGGGUUCAAGAGGCCAAGGAUUCUAAUACUUCUGAUAACAUGCUCAAUCAGAGAGGUCUCAGCACCUCUGCAUCUGAAGAAGCCAAUAAAAAUCCCCAUGCAAAUGAGUUCACUUCACAGGGGGACAGACCACUUGGGAAAACUGCCGAAAACAAAGAGGAGCAGAGUGAUAAGUCAGCUGUUUCCGUGGACUCAAAAGUUGGUAAAGACAUUGGUGGAAAGCAAAAAGAAGGGGAUGUACGACCUAAAUCUUCUAGCUUAAUCCACCGGACAGCCUCCGCCCAUAAGUCAGGGAGGAGACGGACAGGAAAAAAACGGGCCAGCAGUUUUGAUUCAAGUCGGCAUAGGGACUACGUUUCCUUUCGAGGUGUUUCUGGUACCAAGCCACAUAGUGCUAUAUUCUGUCAUGAUGAGGACUCUAGUGACCAGAGUGACUUGAGCAGAGCUUCAAGUGUCCAGUCUGCUCACCAGUUCAGCAGUGAUAGCUCUUCUAGCACCACUUCUCAUUCGUGUCAGUCUCCCGAGGGCAGAUGCAGUGCUCUCAAGACCAAACACAUCCCUAAAGAAAGGGGCACUGACUCGGAGCACGCACACAAAACCCACUUGGGUCCUGAAGGAACUGGCAAAAAGCGGACAGCACGUCGGACUUCCAGCACAAAUAGUGCCAAGACUCGGGCCCGAGUGUUGAGCCUAGACAGUGGCACGGUAGCAUGUUUGAAUGACUCCAGUAGGCUAAUGGCGCCCGAAAGUAUAAAACCCUUAACCACUUCAAAAUCAGAUCUCGAGGCCAAAGAGGGAGAGGUGCUAGAUGAGCUAUCUUUAUUGGGACGGGCUUCCCAGUUAGAGACAGUCACUCGAUCUAGGAAUAGCUUGCCAAGCCAGGUUGCAUUUCCUGAAGGUGAAGAGCAAGAUGCAGUCAGUGGAGCAGCACAGGCCAGCGAGGAGGCGGUGGCAUUUCGCCGUGAACGCAGCACAUUUAGGCGCCAGGCAGUGCGGCGCCGGCACAAUGCAGGGAGUAACCCUACCCCUCCUACAUUGCUCAUCGGAUCACCCCUAAGCCUUCAAGAUGGUCAGCAAAGCCAGCAGUCCACAGCCCAGGUCAAAGUCCAGUCCCGCCCCCCUUCCCAGGCUGCAGUGCUCAGUGCUAGUGCCUCCUUGCUGGUGAGAAAUGGGAGUGUCCACUUAGAAGCGUCACAUGACAAUGCAUCUGCUGUAGGCGGCAGCAGUUUGCACGAUGAACUGGGUAAGUUCUCUUCUACGCUUUAUGAGACUGGUGGCUGUGAUAUGUCACUUGUGAAUUUUGAACCAGCAGCAAGAAGAGCAUCCAAUAUCUGUGACACGGAUUCUCAUGUAUCCAGUUCUACCUCAGUUCGGUUUUAUCCACAUGAUGUGCUCUCUCUUCCGCAGAUUCGGCUGAACAGACUAUUGACCAUUGAUACAGAUUUGUUGGAACAACAAGACAUUGAUCUAAGCCCUGACUUGGCAGCAACUUAUGGUCCAACAGAAGAAGCUGCCCAAAAGGUUAAACACUAUUAUCGCUUUUGGAUCCUGCCGCAGCUAUGGAUCGGCAUUAACUUUGACAGACUCACACUUUUGGCUCUGUUUGAUAGAAAUCGUGAGAUCCUGGAAAAUGUGUUAGCUGUCAUCCUGGCUAUUCUUGUGGCUUUUUUGGGAUCUGUUCUUCUCAUUCAAGGCUUCUUCAGAGAUAUCUGGGUCUUCCAGUUCUGCCUGGUCAUAGCCAGCUGUCAGUACUCGUUACUUAAGAGUGUUCAACCAGAUUCUUCUUCUCCCAGACAUGGUCAUAAUCGUAUCAUUGCCUACAGUAGACCAGUUUAUUUCUGUUUAUGUUGUGGUCUUAUUUGGCUCUUGGAUUAUGGUAGCAGAAACCUUACUACAAACAAGUUCAAAUUAUAUGGAAUAACUUUCACCAAUCCACUGGUGCUUAUAUCAGCCAGGGAUUUAGUUAUAGUGUUUACACUCUGUUUCCCACUAGUAUUUUUCAUUGGUCUCCUGCCUCAGGUGAAUACAUUUGUAAUGUACCUUUGUGAACAAUUGGAUAUUCAUAUCUUUGGUGGUAAUGCCACUACAAGCUUGCUUGCAGCACUUUACAGUUUCAUCUGUAGCAUUGUGGCAGUGGCCUUACUGUAUGGAUUGUGUUAUGGAGCUUUAAAGGAUUCUUGGGAUGGCCAGCAUAUUCCAGUACUUUUCUCCAUUUUUUGUGGUUUAUUAGUGGCAGUAUCCUAUCAUCUCAGCCGACAAAGCAGUGACCCAUCUGUACUUUUCUCUUUGGUGCAAUCCAAGGUUUUUCCAAAAACAGAAGAGAAAAAUCCAGAAGACCCUCUGUCUGAAGUAAAAGAUCCACUGCCUGAAAAACUUAGAAAUUCUGUUAGUGAGCGUUUGCAGUCUGACCUAGUAGUAUGCAUUGUAAUUGGUGUGCUGUAUUUCGCUAUUCAUGUAAGCACAGUGUUCACAGUACUGCAGCCUGCUCUCAAGUAUGUGCUGUAUGCGUUGGUCGGCUUCGUAGGUUUUGUAAACCAUUACGUACUGCCCCAAGUUAGAAAACAGCUGCCCUGGCACUGUUUCUCUCACCCUCUGCUGAAGACAGUGGAGUAUAAUCAAUAUGAAGUUCGAAAUGCAGCCACUAUGAUGUGGUUUGAGAAACUUCAUGUGUGGCUUCUUUUUGUGGAGAAGAAUAUCAUCUAUCCAUUGGUUGUUCUCAGUGAACUUAGUAACAGUGCAGAGACAAUUGCCAGUCCAAAAAAACUGGAUACAGAAUUAGGUGCUUUAAUGAUCACCAUUGCUGGUCUGAAGUUGCUACGAUCCUCUUUUAGCAGCCCUACGUAUCAGUAUGUCACAGUCAUCUUUACUGUGCUCUUUUUCAAAAUUGACUAUGAAGCGUUUUCAGAGACCAUGCUGUUGGAUCUCUUCUUCAUGUCCAUCCUCUUCAAUAAGCUCUGGGAACUCCUUCAUAAACUGCGGUUCGUGUACACCUACGUCGCCCCCUGGCAGAUCACAUGGGGCUCUGCUUUCCAUGCUUUCGCCCAGCCCUUUGCCGUGCCCCAUUCAGCCAUGUUAUUUGUUCAGGCUGCUGUGUCGGCCUUCUUUUCUACUCCGCUAAACCCCUUUCUGGGAAGUGCAAUAUUCAUCACUUCAUAUGUUCGACCUGUGAAAUUCUGGGAGAGAGACUAUAACACAAAACGAGUGGAUCAUUCAAACACCAGAUUGGCUUCCCAGCUUGAUAGAAAUCCAGGAUCAGAUGACAACAAUCUGAAUUCCAUCUUUUAUGAACAUUUAACCAGAUCCCUACAACACAGUCUCUGUGGUGAUUUGCUCCUGGGCCGGUGGGGCAACUACAGUACGGGCGACUGUUUCAUUCUCGCCUCUGACUACCUCAAUGCAUUAGUGCACCUUAUAGAGAUAGGCAAUGGGCUGGUCACUUUCCAGCUGCGGGGACUUGAAUUCAGAGGUACUUACUGUCAACAGCGAGAAGUAGAAGCCAUUACUGAAGGUGUUGAAGAAGAUGAAGGAUUUUGCUGUUGUGAACCUGGCCAUAUUCCUCAUGUACUUUCAUUUAAUGCUGCAUUUAGCCAGCGCUGGCUAGCUUGGGAAGUGGUAGUCACCAAGUAUAUUCUGGAGGGUUAUAGCAUCACUGACAAUAGUGCUGCUUCUAUGCUUCAAGUCUUUGAUCUUCGGAAAGUGCUCACCACUUACUAUGUCAAGGGUAUCAUUUAUUAUGUUACAACCUCUUCUAAGCUAGAGGAAUGGCUAGCUAAUGAGACAAUGCAGGAAGGACUACGUCUGUGUGCAGAUCGAAAUUAUGUUGAUGUGGACCCAACAUUUAAUCCAAACAUUGAUGAAGACUAUGACCAUCGACUAGCAGGCAUAUCCAGGGAGAGUUUCUGUGUGAUUUACCUCAACUGGAUAGAGUAUUGCUCUUCCCGAAGAGCAAAGCCGGUGGAUGUAGACAAGGAUUCCUCCCUGGUGACUCUUUGUUAUGGACUCUGUGUUCUGGGACGGAGAGCUCUGGGGACUGCAUCCCACCAUAUGUCCAGUAAUUUAGAGUCAUUCCUCUAUGGAUUGCAUGCCCUAUUUAAGGGAGAUUUCCGUAUUUCUUCAAUUCGAGAUGAAUGGAUCUUUGCUGACAUGGAAUUGCUAAGGAAAGUAGUAGUCCCCGGAAUCCGCAUGUCUAUCAAACUUCAUCAGGAUCAUUUCACUUCUCCAGAUGAGUACGAUGACCCUACUGUGCUCUAUGAAGCCAUUGUAUCUCAUGAAAAGAACCUUGUAAUAGCCCACGAAGGGGACCCUGCCUGGCGGAGUGCAGUGCUUGCCAACUCUCCCUCCUUGCUGGCUUUGCGGCACGUCAUGGAUGAUGGCACCAAUGAGUAUAAAAUCAUCAUGCUGAACAGACGCUACCUUAGCUUCAGGGUCAUUAAAGUGAAUAAGGAAUGUGUCCGAGGUCUUUGGGCUGGGCAACAGCAGGAGCUUGUUUUUCUGCGUAACCGUAACCCAGAGAGAGGCAGCAUCCAAAAUGCAAAGCAGGCUCUGAGAAACAUGAUAAACUCGUCUUGUGAUCAGCCUAUUGGCUACCCAAUCUUUGUCUCACCCCUGACAACUUCUUACUCUGAUAGCCAUGAACAGCUUAAAGAAAUUCUUGGGGGACCUAUCAGCUUGGGAAAUAUCAGAAACUUUAUAGUAUCAACCUGGCACAGGUUAAGGAAAGGUUGUGGAGCUGGAUGUAACAGUGGUGGCAACAUUGAAGAUUCCGAUACUGGAGUUGGAACUUCCUGCACUAGUAACAAUGCAACAACUGCCAAUGAUCCCCACAGCACUGUGUUCCAAGGAGGCACCGGAAAUCCAGGCCAGGGGUCGGGAGCAGGACUCCAUCCGCCUGUCACCUCUUAUGCUCCAACACUCGGCACUAGCCACAGCUCCCACUCGGUGCAGUCAAGUCUGGUCAGACAGUCCCCUGCUCGGGCCUCAGUAGCCAGCCAGUCUUCUUACUGCUACAGCAGCCGGCACUCAUCUCUGCGGAUGUCCACCACGGGAUUUGUGCCUUGUCGGCGCUCUUCCACCAGUCAGAUAUCGCUUCGAAACUUGCCGUCAUCCAUCCAGUCCCGCCUCUCCAUGGUCAACCAGAUGGAGCCCUCUGGUCAGGGCGGCAUGGCCUGUGUGCAGCAUGGCCUUCCUUCUUCCAGCAGCUCCAGCCAAAGCAUCCCAGCCUGCAAGCAUCACACUCUCGUGGGCUUUCUUGGGACAGACGGAGGUCAGGGCAGUGCCACUGAGGCACAGCCAGGCAACACCUUAAGUCCCGCCAGUAAUUCACAUGCCAAAAAGGGGGAGGUGAUUUACAGAGUCCAGAUUGUGGAUCCCAGUCAAAUUCUGGAUGGGAUCAACCUGUCAAAAAGGAAAGAGCUGCAGUGGCCUGAUGAGGGUGUUCGAUUAAAAGCUGGGAGAAAUAGCUGGAAAGACUGGAGUCCUCAGGAGGGCAUGGAAGGCCAUGUGAUUCACCGAUGGGUGCCUUGCAGCAGAGAUCCAGGUACUAGAUCCCACAUCGACAAGACAGUGCUUCUGGUCCAGAUUGAUGAUAAAUAUGUGACUGUAAUUGAAACUGGUGUACUAGAACUUGGGGCUGAAGUGUGAGCCAGUGUUUUAUAACUAUAUUUCUUUCCCCUCUCAAUUCCAAGACACCGGAAAAAGAGAGGAGAGAGCAGAAGAUGCCUGAAGGUGUCACUUUGAUCCUAUGUAGGAGAGACUUGGACAUAGAGUGGACUUCGCUAAGCGCCUCUCCUUCGCCCCGACUCCUGUCACUGUCUCCAUCCCCAAAUAAAGCUGAAAUAUUUUUUUAAGUUAGCCGCCGAGAAAACGUUUUGCAUGAAGGAUAAAGUUCUGUUAAAAUGCGUCCUUAAAAACAGUUUUUUCCUAUGCAUUGCCUAUGCUUUAAAUCAACAAACUCUUGAUUUCUAAACUAUGAUCUCAUAUUUUUCUAAUUUCUUUGCCAAAAAUAACUGCCAUGUUUUGUCAUAGAACAUGAAAUCCAUUUACUUUGAUUUUUAAAAACAGACCAGUGUAGAAACCUUCAGUUUGACAUAUAGUGGUAUAAAAGUUUAAUGUACAGUGUGAAAGAGACUAUGAACAGACAUAGAUUUAUCUUAUUCCUUGAGAGCUAAAAACUUUAAUGAAAAAACUGCACUAAUUUUUUACAGCAAUGCACUAAAGUCUGAGAUUUCUCAGAACAUUUAUUUAUAUAUAAAAAUAAAAUACCAUUAUUUAAAUUGCCUUUGGGAUUAACCCCUUCCUCUCCUUGUAAACAUACGUAGCAGGAACUGUGCUGCUUAUUUUUCUGUUAGUAGUCUGUACUUCAUGCCAGUACGUUGGAUGUUUUCUUUAAGAUGAUUACUGAAUCUCAGCAUAUACAUAGCUUCGUCCUUGGCGUUUCCCAGAGCCAAUAGUCAGUGACUCAGUCCUGUGAACACUACUGCCAGCUCCUGUGUCCACACUGCAGACGCGCUGCAGCCGGUGCGUGCCCUGGCGCUCUGCUCUUCUCCACUGGGGCAGGCGCUGCUGGGCUCAGUUCUGGGAAGAAAAUACUUUGCUUUUCAAAGAAGAAGAUGAGCGACAAGGAAUUUAAAGAAAGGAUUGAUUGCCUUUUAUUUUAAGAGUUCUUAGCUCUUGAAGUUAUUCAUAUGCAGUUCAGUUAAUCAAGUAAAAUUUUUCAAACAAAAUUGUCCCAAUGGUGCAGUUCUUAUUGUUAUAUCCCUCUUUAAUAACUUUGCCUUUUAUUUUCCUCCUCUCUUCUUUUUCUAUUACUUGAAUUUUAUUUUCUGUAAUUUAUAAUGUAUAGCUGUAAUUUGAAAUAUUUAUAACUGUGAAAUUGACUUAAUUCAUAUGUUGUCUCAUAACUUAAAUUUUAUUGUUUUUUUUUUAAAUGCGUGUAUUCGGGGAACUAUAUAACUCAGAUUUACAAUUGGGCUAGGUGGGAACUGCAAUUUAGAUUUAAUUUUCAACUUUGGGCAUUUUUUAAAUCCUUCAGAAAACUUUCCCUUUUUGUGUGAAACUCCAAAGAAGACUGUACGUCUCUGAGCAUGUAGGAGCAGCCGUCUUUCUGCCCCUGUGAACGGAAAGUAGAAAGAAGCAGGUGAAAUUAAUUUCAGUUAUACAUUUUAUUUAAUCCAAUAUAUCCAAAGUAUUACUAUUCCAACAUGUGGCACUAGGUUUAUUUCAAGUACAUAUUAGCCACGUGAGCCUAGUGGCUGCUGUAUUGAUUAGCAGGGGUUUAAGGUAUCUUCUGAUGAGGCGCCAGGAGAGAGAAACUGUUUUUCCCUCUAAUUCUGAUGUAGAUCUGCAGUUCAGUAUAACACUUCAGUAGAAGGAAUGAAAACUAAGGAAGUAAAUAGCUAAUAUACAGCAUCUUGUUGAGUUUCCACUCCAAAACCUAUUUAUUUUUCCUUUUUCAAAUUUUUGUGAUUAUUCACAACCCAAUGUGCCUCGUGUUGAUGUUUCCAGACUUUACACUUUGCAAAAUUUACUAUUUAAAAACAUUUGUGAUAUGAUUUUCUGAACCUUUACACAAAGGUACCCUUUCUAAAUCAACCAAUUAAAAUGUGUUUUCCUGAGACCAUCAUUAUAUUUUGUAUUUGCCUCAUUUUGGCAAAUCUACAGUAUGCCGUGAGGGUUCAGGCUUUUUUUUUUUUUUCCUGAAAUUGAUUGUGAUCUUUCUAUCUCUAUGUGUUUAUUUAAAAUCUAGGAGGAAUGAUGCUCCCUUCUGUUUGUUCUGUUUUUGAAAUGAACAUGAUCUUUUCGUGUGCAUUGCCUAGAUGAGAAUAUAAGUGGAGCCUUUUUACUCUUAAGUGGAAGAUAGUUCAUUUUCCUAUACAGAAAAAAUAAUCUGAACUUCAGAUGAUUCAAUCAGAAGGGCUAGAAUUAUUUUUAUUCCUAGCUCCCCACCCUAACACCCCCAAUUGUUAAACACAUCACACGCUCUAAAAGUCAGAUUUCAAAUAAAAAAACUAGAUUUUAUACAGAACAUAUAUAUUGGGUCUUGAUUUAGGGUAGCAACUAAUGGACAUUUUUCUUGAAACAGGUCGAAUUUUGUUAUCAGAUAGCCCUUUAACUAGUGAAUUUAUGAAUUAGGAACCCUAAGAGGAACCCUGUUCUUAUUGUCUAAAUCUAAAACUGAUAGUCUUUUAAAAAUCAUAAUACUUUCUAAUAAUUGCACCAGGGGAAACAGUGAUAAUUGAAGAAAAUUUGACCUAAAUUAUUAUAUAGAAAUAUACACACUUUAAUUACAUUGAUCAUCCCUGUCUUAUUUGCCCGCCUUGGGGAAUAGUGAGCUCUUGAAUCCCUGCUGAGCUUUUUCGUGCAUGUACAAGACUCCAGCGUACAGACGUUAGUGUCUUUAGUUCAUAAUUGCCAAAACUUUCAAAGUUCCAUAAUUUGAAAGUAAAAAUAUAUAAUUAAAACAGUAGCUUUUUACUUAUUUCUUUUAAAUAGAGUUUCAUUGAUAGCUGUCUAGUUUUUUUCUUGUUCGAUUUUGUUUUUUCCCCCUUUUGAGAGAGAGUCCUGGAAUGAGUUAUAAAUUUUUAGCUUUAUUUCUUGUUUCCUCUCAUUCAGUGGUAAAAAAUUAACUCAAAAUUCAGCUUUUGGUUAAUCUUCCAGCUUAUAACUUGAUGUGAGCCCUCUUUUUACACCAUUUUCAAUACUUCAUAAGACGUUCAUUUUUUUCUAAAGAAUUCUAAUUUUUCCAAGAGUCUAGAUGUUGAUAUUUAAGGGGCUUGGGAAAAUAGGUGCUGAGGCUGUUAUAUUUUUAAGGUAAGAGGAGAUUAAUUACCUUCCAGGAAAUUAGUGAACAGACUUAAUCAGUGUUCUUCUUUCUUUGAGUUUCCUUUACUGGAAGAUUAACUUCCGUUAGAUUUGAAGUAUUUUUUAAAAUAUUUCUAGUGCAUCUGAGAUAGUUGUACUAAUCCUUGAAACAGAAUUACAGACAAUAUUUCUAUCCUGAGUGAGAUAUGGAAAAUUACUCUGUGUACCAAAUGUCAGGCAGUGAAAAUACAAGUUUUUAUGUAGGAAACUACAGCUCAUUAAGAAGAUGUGUUUUUCUUCCUGGGUUGGUUUAUUUUUCCAUCUCAUAUCAAAAUAUAAAAAACAACCUCAAAUCUAAGCAAGGGCAGCUUAGCCUUAAUCAGUUCCACUUUGCUCCUGAGCAGCAUCCUCCUGCCUUUGCUCAGGAAGUCUUCACUUGGUCGAUUGCUGCAGAGUCAUUCAUCCAGACCUGGGUCUUUUAAACUUAGGAUUUGCCUAGAGUCUAAAAUUACCUUUUUCUUUUAGUUGACUUUCAAAAACCUUUCCUCCCAAAUGUGUGACUUGAGAAAAAGAUAAUUUAGCAAUUUUGCAUGAGAAUUUUUUCAAUUACGUUUACUAACUACUAAACUGUAAACUGCUGCCCAGAUUGUUAAUUACUUUUGUGUUUAUUUUCAUUACUUUCUCAUAAAUAUGGACAAGGCCCUUUUUUUUUUCAGUCCUCAGUAUUCAUUCUUGUUCUUUUUUUAGAGUAAUGUAAUCAUAUAAAAUUACUUUGCCUACACACAGACCCAGUCAAUUUUUUCCUUUGAUACGAUACAUUGUUCAGAUGAAGUACAAAACAUCCAUUUUUAUUCUAGAGACUUUUCCUUAAGAUGAAUGGAGAGAAUAAUUUCAAUCAAGGCUAAGAUGGUAUGUGGAACUUGUUAAUGGACUUUGAACUUUUCUGUUUCAGUCUCAUGUGGAAAUUGAGUUUUACUGAUCUAGAGAAAGAUGAAAAUUAGAUAUUACCAUGUAUUUGUGCAGCAUAAAUUUUAAUAUUACGUUGGAUAUAUGUAGUUUCUUUUUUUAUUGAGUAUUUAAAAACCAGCCUCUCUUUUCUUCAUUUCUCUUUAAAAAAAAAAAAUCUCGGUGUCACCUAGGCCUUCUCAUUUUUAACUUGUUAAAUGUUUAGGUAAGAACUGUGAUUGGAAAAGGAAUUAAGUAUUAUACAAAUAAAUCUGGUAGGUGUGUGAGUGGAGUAUUAAUUUUGCUUGAAACAGAAGUAUAUUUUCUGCUUUGAAAACCUCACCAGAGUCAUCUGUCAAGAACUUUGUGUGAUGAGAAUUUCUCUUUAUUGCCUAUUAGCCACAUAUUCUUUCUGAAUUAGAGUGAAUAAGUUCUGUUUGUGAGUUGAACUUCAUUAUCUGCCAUUUUAUAGAAGCAGCAUAACAUUCUUUGUGGGAACCAGAGCUGAUUGUCAUCGCAAGGUUAUAUGACAACUCCGUCCUAAGACUUAUACCUAUUAUAUAGGCUUAUACCUUUUUUCUUAUGCCUCAGUUCUGUACCUGACAAUUUGUGAUUCAGUGGAGCCAAGCUGGAAGGAACAAAGGUUAUCUAAGAUUGUGAGAAGGGUGAAUUCCUGGGUAUUGCUUGCACAGAUGGGAUGCUAGAUACCCUGGAAUUUAAAACAGAGGAGUAGUAGAGAAUGAGAUGGCUGCUCCAGAUGACUCUUGGGUUUAGUGUAAUUGUGGUUAAACAAGAUUUUUUAUAUACGAAGCUUGAUUCUACAACCAAAAUAAUAGAAAUGGGAAGAAAUCAUGUCUGCUUAUGCUUUUUAAAAGCUUAUAGUUUAAGUAAAAUAAAUUGUAAAAACUGGUUACCUUAACUGUGUACAAGUCUGGCAGUGAGCUCUGCAUGAGGAAAUGGAAGGAAGAACACUAAAAGUGAUUCCAGGGAUGUAGGUGUGAGGAGGGAAAAUGGGUUUCUCUUUUCUGAUCAUGGGCUCUGAAAGUAUUCGUUGCCUCUACCAGCAUUCAGUAUAAACCAGAGAUAAAGAUAUAUGUACUCGCGUGUGUCUGUGAGUGUGUGUGCGUCUGAGUGUUUGUUAUUCUAAAGAGCUUGUAAAUAUAUUGUAGUUGUUUAAAAUGGAAAAUAAAAGCUGAGAUUGUUUUUUCUUUGCAAAUAUAUUGCAUCAAAAAUACAGUAUUGACAGUGGAUAAACACUGAGGAAAUAAAUUUUUUUCUCAUUUUG